GGGCGGCUGUUGGUAGAAGAGAUUUUAUGUUCUCGCGACAUUACCUGCUGCGGAACUCCCUGUCACCUGAGAAGAACUGAGACCGGGGAAAAUAAAUUAGGAAGAGACUAUGUCUGUGAAUGAUGAUGGGUAUGUGGUGAGAAUUCGGGGCUUGCCUUGGUCCUGCACCCAGGAAGAGGUGGCAGGGUUCUUCUCUGAUUGUAACAUCGUCGGGAAAGUGAAUGGAGUGUGCUUCACGUUUUCCAAAGAAGGAAGGCCCAGUGGAGAAGCUUUCGUGGAGCUGAAAUCAGCAGAGGAUUUUAAAAAAGCCAUAGCAAAGGAUAGGAAACACAUGGGUCAUCGCUAUAUUGAAGUUUUCAAGUCAAACCGUAGCGAGAUGGACUGGGUGUUGAAACGCAGCGGUCCUACUGACUACGACAGCUGCAGCGGGUGUAUGAUACGUCUCCGGGGACUUCCUUUUGGCUGCAGUAAGGAGGAGAUAGUGCAGUUCUUUGCAGGGUUGAAAAUCGUGCCAAAUGGGAUAACAUUGCCGAUGGACUACCAGGGGAGGAGCACAGGGGAAGCCUUCGUGCAGUUUGCCUCAAAGGAGAUAGCAGAAAAGGCACUGGGGAAACACAAGGAAAGAAUAGGGCACAGGUACAUAGAAAUCUUUAAGAGCAGCCGGAAUGAGAUCCGGGCUUACUAUGAGCUCCCCAGAAGGAUGAUGGGGCAGAGACCCAGUCCCUACGACAGGCCCAUGAUGGAGCGAGGUGGGUUCUUCCCUGGUCCAGGACGGGGGGGUGCUCUUUUGGACCAAAUGCGUGGAGGAGGCUACAGUGGGGGCUAUAGCGGAUUUGACAACUACAAUGGCUUCAGUAAUUACUGUUUUGGCAAUGGCAUGUUUGAUGACCGAAUAAGGGGCGAUAGAGGAAGAGCUAUAGGUGGCCAUGGCUACGGUGGUGCAGGUGAUCAUAGCUCCCACAGCAGCUCCCACAGCGGCUUCCACAGUGGCCAUUUUGUACACAUGAGGGGCCUGCCUUUCCGUGCCACUGAGGGAGACAUAGCCAAUUUCUUCUCCCCAUUGACUCCUGUGCGAGUUCAUAUCGACUUUGGACCAAAUGGAAAAUCCACAGGCGAGGCCGAUGUUGAGUUUAGGUCUCAUGAAGAUGCUGUUUCAGCUAUGUCGAAGGACAAGAAUCACAUGCAACAUCGAUACAUUGAGCUCUUCUUAAACUCAACUGCUAGUGGAGCAUCUGAAAUGGGCCGCGGCGGCGGUUUCUAUGGUAACUCAGGAGGCAUGGGCUUGAGACGGAGUGGACUGAGGGGGAUGUUCUAAACAGGAGUAAUCACCAUUCUAAACCAAACGUUCAAGUCUUGAAGAUUUGUUUUGUAUUUGAAUGUUUUCACAUGUUCAGAAAAAGUACCUACUUAAAAUAUUUUCCAGUCUCAAAGAGUGGAAUAAAAAGUAUAUAUUUGAGCAGUUGCAUAGGCUAACCAACUAUUGUACAUUUUACUUAAUACAUUUUAUAUUUAAUUC